UUUUUUCGUAUCAGUUAUAUAUCAAUAUAUAGUUUUAUAUAACACAAUUAUAAAUUUUUGCAUCAUAAGACAUUCUUUUUACGAUCGAUCCUUGAUCUUUAAUAUGCUGAUUUGUAUAUGAAUUGAAAUAUUAUCCAUCAAAAAAUUAUCAUUUCAACGGUUAAUGUAAAACUAUUUGAACGAUUAGUUCGUACAUUUUCCACAGAGGGUGCUGAAAAGUUUGUACGAAAACGUGUUUCACGAGUGCAGCAGGAUCUUUCUUUUGUAUUUCUUUUUGUUGUGGCUUUCAUCUUCUUUCUCACGAGUUUCUUUUCCUCUUUUCCUUCUCUUUCUCCGUGAUAUUCCGUUGUCCAUGCUCGGUUACUUCAUCGUUCUUUACGUGUACAGGUUGGACAUUCCAAGAGCACAUUGAACCGCCGCGGUCACCUUCAUUUCAUGUAUUUCUAUGCUGAUGUUGUGUGUAACAAUCUUACUGAGUAAAUUUGCCACUCGGACGAGUGCUUCCCUCUGUCCACUAAUAAAACUAAUACAUGCGAAACAGAUUUAAAUGACGCUUACAAAUAAUGGUACAAGUCAUAAUACGCAUCUUCAGUCAUCGAUACAAUAACCGCGGUAGCAUGUGUUAUUUGAAAAUGCGAUGAAAGUAUUUUCUAAACGUGAUGGGAAUACAGUUUAGUUAUCAUCAUGGGAAAGUGGCAAGGGAACCUAGAUUUUUCUUAUAUCUGGAAUAAAAAGUUCUUUUAUAACAACAGUUACAGUGGAUUGGAAAAAUGUCUGCUACUCAUAUCCAAAUGGUAAAGUGGACUUUUCCAGCUUUUGCCCUUAUAAUUGGUCUAUUAUGGUACAAACGACGUCGAGCAGACAGAGUUGAUCCAGGUGGAAUUAAUAAACCAGAUCACAACGAGAAAAAUAUUGCCAAUCACAAAAAAGAAAUUACUUUAUCAAAUUCUAACUUAAGUUUUUAUGAUUCUGGUAUACAAACUGACGAAUCUUUCUCACAAAGCUCUUCCAAUCAACCAGUAGAAGAAAUCAUUUGUAGUCCUAGAAAAAGAAGCGAAAGUUUAGAUAUUCCACAAAGAAAAAGUGGUUCACAGAGUAUUUCUGUACAUUCUAGAACUCCUCCUAAAGACGAUCAGGAAUGGUAUAGUUUUGUAGAUUCCUCGUCAAAAAUGGAAAUAGAACUAGGUUGUAAUCCGAAAAUAAGCAAUUUUGAUAUGGUUGCAAAAAGUAUAAGUACAUCCUCUUUAGAAAAUACUGAUGAUUCUGGAAAUAAAAUGUUAAAAAUAUUUGAAAAUGUUAUUGAAGAGGAAGAGCAAAAAUUAUCUUCUGAGAAUAAAUCAAUAGAAUGUCAGUACAAACGAAUAGAUACAAACGAAGAAAAUGAUAUAAAUAAUGAAUGCAAUUAUCUUCCAAGUAAAGAACCAUCUGUUUCUACCCCAUCAAAAGAUAAUUCUAAAACUCCAACACAAGCAUUAUCUGAAAGGGAUUCUGCUAAUCAUAGUCCAGUUUCUGGUGUUUUAGAAGGUAGUGUCACGGAUGAAGCGAGAAGUGAAGGAAGCACAGACAGUGGAAAAGGAGGAAGUAUCAAAGGUCAUACAAAAGAUAAUGUAAUUGCAGUAACAUAUGAGUUUUCUAUCCCACAAAAUUUAGUUGGAAGAUUAAUUGGUCGUCAUGGAAGUUUUUUGCAAAAUAUUCGACACAAAGCUGAAGUACAUAUAGUUGUUAAACGUCAUCCUGUAUGGAGAGAUCAAAAAAUUUGUGCCAUAGAGGGUUCCGCGGAAGGAAUUAACAUCGCCCUAGAUAUGAUACGACAAAAAUUUCCUGAGAAAAAAUAUCCUCAUGUGACUCUUGAACAGAUUUUACCAUUAAAAAUUCCAGAAGAGAUCCCUUGGGUCACUGAGUUAAUGCAAUUAUCAUUAGUAGAGGGAAUGAACAAUGAUGUUGUUAUAUGUCAUAUAGUGAAACCUAAUCAAUUCUUUGUUCAACUUCCUACUCAUCCUACAUACCCAUCUUUGAGAAUUUUAGACGAAAAUAUGACACAAUUAUAUGAGACAACAGAAUCGCCGCCAGCUCCAGAUGAACUUAGUAAAGGUAUGAUCUUAGUUGCAAAAUGGUAUAACAGAUGGGUUAGAGUAUAUAUUGAACAACCAGAUCCUCAUGGAGAACAGCAUUUAGUACGAUUAGUUGAUCACGGAGGUUAUUGGGUUUUUAGUAAUACCGAAAUGAGAAAAAUUAGGUCAGAUUACCUCUCGUUACCAUUUCAAGCAAUUGAAAUAUUUUUAGCUAAUGUUCAACCAAAGGACGGUGAAUGGAAUCAAGAAGCUUAUAAUGUAGUUGCUCACGUAUGUUGUGGGAUUGUCGGUCAAGCUCAAAUAGUAGGUUACAUCAAUACAAACACAUACGUUAAUCUUUAUCUUAAUAUUCAUAAACACGGAGUGAUAUCUCUUGCUGAUGAAUUAGUAGCUCGUGGUUUCGCGGAAUCCAUACCAUUAGAAAAUAUAGUUCCAGAAGAAGUAUCAAUUUCUUAAGGUAUGCAUUAGAAUAGUUCUUAAUAAAUGUAUUGUAAAAAAAUCGUGCGGUGAUAAUACGUGAUGAUAUAAAUUUUUUAGUCACUAAUUACAUAUAUAAUUCGAAUUGAUUCUCAUACUCGGAGUUUAAUAUUUCAUAAUAUU